AUGUCCGACCGCAGUUCCGGAAUGGACACCUUGAUGGAAGCCUCUACAGCCUCGCUUGACGACACUGUCUUACAGAAUCAUUUGAAACCAAUCACUCUGCUCACGAAGCCCACGACAAUGCAAGCGAGACAUCAUAGCACGCAGAACCCCAACAUGAACGACCUCGACACCAUGACUUUUGAAGACCUGGAAACCAUGAAACAGCAACUAGAUACGGUCCGCCGUCGAAUCUUGCAACUACAAAACGCACAGUCACUCCUAUUCCGCUUACCAGGAGAGGUUCGAAACAAAAUCAUGCUCUUCGCGAUGCAUGCCGAGCUGGCACAUCGCAAGGAACACUCUCGGCAUAACUUCACCUCUCUCUUCGUCCAACCGGCCUUCUUUCGCACCAGCAGACAGGUGUACGUCGAAUGCCUGGGUGUCUGGCUCAACGAGAUCCUGGUCUGGGAGGAAUUCUCUGUCGACUCGAAGGACUGGCGACGGCUGGAAAUGGCAGAGGUUCGGGAGCUGUGCCACACGGGGGAGAAGUACAGGAUCAUCACGCAGUUAGCACACUGCGAUCUGGGCAGGACAAAGCAGAGUGUCGAAGGCAGUCAGAGUAUUUGUCCCAGGCGGGGGGUGGUGAGGGUGCAGAGCGAUUUGAUUUUGCCGCAGCUCAGGUGGUGGAUUUGGUAA